AUGGAGAAUCUGUAAAAUAGUCCUAUAGCCCGAUAUUAAUUGUUUGUCAAGCGAUCAUUAACAAGAUAAGUCAACAAUCAGAAAGUGCUACCUGUUUUUGGAUAUAAAGUUAACAUAAAAUCACCUCGAUUGCAGCAUAAUCAUAUAUGUUUACAACUCUCUCCAAAUCCUAAUCAAUCGACCUAAUCUCAUUCCAUUAAUCACGAAUUAACUACUGUGAGAAAUCUUCCGAAAAAAGAUUCUUCAUAUCAAUAUUACAUUAAUCAAAUAAGGAGGAGGAAAAGUUUAAAGAAAUUUAACUUUGAAAACUCAGAAACGAAUACCAAUCUAUUUAAAAAAUAGUCAUAACCUUAUCAAACAAAAUACAACAUUGUACUACCUCAAUUAUAUACUCCUAUGAAAAUUAAAAAAUAGUUUCUGCCUAAAAAUAUUUUUACAGAACCAUCACUAUAAGAAGAACUACAACCAUGGGAAUCUAGUCAUAAAUCUAUUCCAUAUUUUUGA